UGUUUUUUUGGGGGGGGAGUCGUGUGAAGAAACGUGGAUGUACCUCCAGCGGGACUUUUUUUUUUUUUUUUAUCUCCGACGGACAACUUCGGUGGAAAGUUUUGUAUUUACGUCUCCAUUGUUUUGCGCCGACAAGUGCGUCGAGGUAGAGUUGGUUGUAAUGCAGUGAAGACCGACUUUUCGGGGGGAUAAAAAAGCAGGGCAGGGGGGGCUUCAGCCCUCUCACCAUCCCGACGCUAUGCCGUGGGUCAGCGGCGCUAAGCGGAGAGAGAGCUCGGAGCUGCCGCUGCCCGCGGGCUGGGAGGAAGCCCGGGAUUUCGAUGGCAGAGUGUUUUUUAUCGACCACAACACCCGGCAAACUUCAUGGAUUGACCCCAGAGAUAGGAUCACCAAACCGCUGACGUUUGCCGACUGUGUUGGAGAUGAGCUGCCUCUCGGGUGGGAGGAAGUUUAUGACCAGCAAGUGGGAGUUUACUACAUCGACCACAUCAACAAGACCACCCAGAUCGAGAACCCGCGGACGCAGUGGCGGCAGGAGCAGGAGCGCAUGCUGAAGGAGUACCUGGUGGUGGCCCAGGAGGCCCUCAAAGCCAAGAAGGAGAUGUACCUGAUCAAGCAGCAGCGUCUGGAGCUGGCUCAGCAGGAAAUGUUGCUCUUCCACGAGCUCUCUGAGGACAACCGCUCCAUCACCAGCACACUCUCCGGCUCGUCCUCGAACGCGAAAUACGACCCUGACCAAAUCAAAGUGGAAAUAGCUUGUAGACGAGAGCGGCUCUCCAGACUGAAGCAGGAGCUGGCCCAGGUGAAGCAGGAGCUGCAGUAUAAGGAAAUGGGAGUGGAGACCCUGCAGGAGAUUGACAGGAAGAUGUCCACCAGUCAGACAAACUACAAGCUGGACGAGGCUCAAGCCAUCUUCAAUGAGCUGCGUAGCAUCAAGAAGGCCAUCACCACAGGCGAGAAGGAGAGGCAGGACCUCAUCCAGAGCCUGGCGAAGCUGACGGUGAACUUCCAAAGCGGCUUGUCUAUCGGCGACUCGGCCAACGAGGUGGCGAACAGCACUGGAACCGCGGGCGACUCGUGCAGUCUGCAGCAGUACUGUGACACCGGCUGUCAGACCGACAUCAUGGGAGAGUAUGGUUCCCAGGAUUCCUCGCACUUGGUGGACAAAGUGAAACUCAACUGGCAGUAUGAGGAAGCCAAGAAAAAGGUGCAAAGUAUCCAGCACCAGCUAGCACAGCUGGACAGUGAGAGCUGGUCGGGGCGAGCCGAAGCGGACCGCGACCGGGACUUCUUGCAGCUGCUGCGCGAGAAGGAGGCCCUCCUGCAGGAGAUCAUCCUGGUCAGCAAGCAGCAGCACUCUCCAGAGACGCUGCUGCAGCUGGAGGAGGAGCGCUCCAGGCUAGAGGAGGAGGUGCAGAGAGCCCACCUAUCCCAGAGCCAGGGAGCCAAUCAGAGAAUCCUGCAGCAGGAGAAGAGGAACGUUCUGCUGAGACAGCUGGAGGAGGCGACACGCAUCACCACCUACCUUCACUCCCAGCUGAAGAGUUUGUCGGCCAGCUCUUUGACGGUCUCGUCCAGCAGCAGCCGAGGCUCUCUAGCCUCCAGCCGGGGGUCCCUGGCGUCUAGCCGAGGCUCCCUCAGCUCCAUAAGUUUCAGCGACAUCUACGGUCUCCCCCAGUAUGAGCGUCUGGAGGGGCCCGGGGAGCCGCUCGACCCCCACCUACGCUACCUGCUGCCCCCCGAGACCAUGUCCAGAGACUGCUCCAUGUUCACUCCCGACCCCCUGAACCAGAGCAAAACCAAACGUUCCCACGACACCCCUCAGUCCCUGGCCUCCCUGUCCUCCCGCUCAUCGCUCUCCUCGCUGUCACCGCCCAGCUCCCCCAUGGACACCCCCUACCACUCCGCCCCUCAGGACUGCCCUCUCACCCAGAUGACAGAGGAGUACAUGGAGCAGGCGGGCCGCGGCCUGCUAGAGGGGCUUCGCGCGCAGUCGCAGUCGCAGUCGCUGUCACACAGCGCCAUGUUGAGCGGCGAGGACGCAGUAAGCCCCGCCGCCGCGCAUCAACUGGACGGCAAGAGUCUCAGAGACAGUGGGGCUCAGGGGGCUUUCACCUCCACAGGUGUUACUCUGAGGGGGAACAGUGCCAACAGAAGCGGCAGGAGGGCCAGGAGAGUGUCUGCAGGAGUUUCUGAGGACGCUCUGGCCACAGACAGCGGUGUUUUCGAGGCCUGGGGCAGGAGGGCAGAGGAGUCCGAGGAGACAUCGUACAUGAAAGAGCUGACGCCUGUGAGCGAACCCACCCAGAUCCAACUGGGGCUGCUGUGGGAGUCCAGUUCUCAGUCUCUGCGACUACAUCUGCUGCAGCUCAAGAAUCUGAACAGGUCCAUCGUCAGAGACGGCUACAAAGUGUAUGUGAAGGUGCACCUGAUUCCACUGGACGCCGGCAGGGCCUGUGCGUUUUACUGUUGUACGGCGUUGGAGCCGCAGUCCCACAUGAGUUUCAACGAAGGCUUCCGCAUUCCUGUCCCCGCAAACGCCCUGGCGGUGUGCGCCCUGCAGCUGUCUGUCUGCUCGCUGGGACCUCAGGCUCAGGAGGAACUACUGGGUACAGCCCAGGUGAGUCUGGCAGACUGCGAGGGAAGUGCAGAGAUGGUUUACCACUGGCUGCGAGUCCAGAUGUACAGCGGGACGGAGUUGCAAAGGCCUGAACAGAAAAGCCUCGUCCACCGCAGACAGCACGACGGGCAGGAAGAAGAGCAAAGGCCCAGAGCCAUGGACACUGUAUGUAAUUUGCUGUCACGCACCGGCGCCACCACCACCCACCUGGAGGAGCAGGAUGCAGAGCUGGAGCUGCAGAGGCUGCAGAAGAAGGACGAGCCGGGGGAGGUGGCAUCUGAGAGGAGCUGGCAGGCAGAGUCUGUAGACAGCGGCUGCAGCAACAGCACAGCGUUCAAUGCUCCCUGCUCAGAGGGACUGUGUGCGGAAGGCAUCUGCAUCACCACUGGAGGGCGCUGUGAUCAGACGACUAGUAAACUCUCUACAGUAAAGGUGGAGAAGGCCACCAUGACGGAGGGCCUGUUCCCAGAGCCGGUGCGAGUCCGACCCAAGGAGAGGGGGGGUCGCUGGGGUCACGCCUCACCUUUCAUGCGCGGCAGCACCAUCGUUCGCUCUCAGACUUUCUCUCCUGGAGCUCGUAGUCAAUAUGUCUGCAGGUUGUAUCGCAGCGACAGCGACAGUUCAACUUUACCAAAGAAAUCGCCUUUUGUCAGAAACACAUUGGAAAGGAGAACGCUGCGAUAUAAGCAGCAGUCGUACCGCUCCUCCCUGGCCGAGCAGCCGACACGCACCUCCCUGGACCUGGAGCUGGAUCUCCAGGCCUGCAGGACGCGUCAGAGGCAGCUGAUGGAGGAGCUGAAUGCCCUGAGGGAGCUGAAGCUACGACUGGAGGAGCCGCAAGCCAAGGAGACCGCCGAGCUUCCCCACUGGGCCCUGAGGGACGAGCGCUUCCGCUGCCUGCUCAGAGAGGCCCAGAGACAGGCCAGCCAAAGCAAGCAGGAGCAGCGGCAGGAGGAGGCAGCAGAGAGGAGGCUGAGGAAAGCUUCUAAAGAGGUUCUGCAGAUGAGGGGGCAGAGCCAUAAGGAGCCCCUACCUGUGCAGACAUUCAGAGAGAAGAUGGCUUUUUUCACAAGACCAAGGUUCAACAUACCUCCUUUGCCAGCUGAUGAUGUAUGAGAGCUUGCCUCUGUAUUAUGUGACUUAACAUGAAGUAUUUGUCAAAAAAAAAAAAAUGUUCUGAACUCAUGAAGUACAAAGUUCCUUCUACCGAGGACACGGGCAGGGCGACACGCAGAUGAUGUUGGAAGAUUAGAAGGUUUCACAUUUUCACAUUUGUGCGGCUAUACUUAUAAAAAUGAACACACUAGACACAGUUACCGACAACAGCACGGCUGUUCAUUUCCUUUAUUGGGGGACGACACCUUACAUAAGGAAACAGUAUCUCUUUACUCCUGUAUGAGUUACUUCUGUUGUUUGUGCUUACAAAAGGCUGGAAGACGGGAACAAAAGUCGGUUUGGACAAAUUCACUGUACUGUAACUUAUUUUAUAGUACUUUUCCUUGAAGGAAAUUAAAAAAAAAAAAACGCUUCCUGCUUUUUAAGUGUAUUUUGUAGCUUUGAACAAAUAGCACUUCAGUGUUUUUACAUACAGUAAAAUGGAACUAUCUCAUUUUGUUUCUGUUACCUAAUUCUUAAGAGUUAUUUACAUAAAAUGUCACUUUGUAAUCCACUUUUAUUACAGAUGUCAUUGUCCUGUUAUGUUAUUAAAAUUAAUAUUAUUUCA